GUAAGAAACCCUACCUUACCUCAACACAGCCCUGUAGGAAACCCUACCCUAGCUCAACACAGCCCUUUGAGAAACCCUACCCUAGCUCAACACAGCCCUUUGAGAAACUCUACCCUAGCUCAACACAGCCCUUUGAGAAACCCUACCUUAGCACAACACAGCCCUAGAAACCAUACCCUAGCUCAACACAGCCCUCUGAGAAACCCUACCUUUCCUCAACACAGCCCUGUGAGAAACCCUACCUUAGCUCAACACAGCCCUUUGAGAAACCCUGCCCUAGCUCAACACAGCCCUUUGAGAAACCCUACCCUAGCUCAACACAGCCCUUUGAGAAGCCCUACCCUAGCUCAACACAGCCCUCUGAGAAACCAUACCCUAGCUCAACACAGCCCUUUGAGAAACCAUACCCUAGCUCAACACAGCCCUGUGAGAAACCCUACCCUAGCUCAACACAGCCCUGUGAGAAACCCUAGUCUACCUCAACACAGCCCUUUGAGAAACCCUACCCUACCUCAACACAGCCCUGUGAGAAACCCUACCCUACCUCAACACAGCCCUGUGAGAAACCCUACCCUAGCUCAACACAGCCCUGUGAGAAACCCUACCCUACCUCAACACAGCCCUGUGAGAAACCCUACCCUAGCUCAACACAGCCCUGUGAGAAACCCUUCCCCA